GGUUAUGACAUGACGACAAAACAAAACGUGUAGUACACAAAAGCAAAUAAUUUUAUUAAAAUGGCACAAACAGUGCCGAAUAUUAAACGAAACGCUCCAAAUAUAUUAGUAACAGGAACUCCAGGAGUUGGAAAGUCGACAUUAUGUUCACAAUUGGCAGAAGUUACAGGAUUACAAUGGUUAGAAAUAUCAAAAAUAGCAAAAGAUUACAACUGCUUAGAAGAAUUUGAUGAAGUGUAUCAGUGUCCAGUUUUAGAUGAAGAUAAGUUACUUGAUGGACUGGAAGAAGUAAUGAGCAAAGGAGGGAACAUAGUAGACUACCACAGCUGUGAAUUUUUUCCAGAAAGAUGGUUUGAUGUAGUAUUUGUAUUAAGAGCAGACAACACAGUGCUUUAUGACAGGUUAAUCACAAGAGGCUACACAGGAAAAAAGUUAGAGGAUAAUGUGCAGUGUGAAAUUUUCCAAACUAUAUUGGAAGAGGCAAAAGCAUCAUAUAAAGAAGAAAUAGUGCAUGAAUUGUACAGUAGGACUACCGAAGAAUUGCAGGACAAUAUUAAUAGGAUUUGUGUUUGGUUACAAAUGUGGUUUAAAGAUAACACUAGUUAGUAAUGUGUACUUUGGGAUUCAAUUUUUUUAUUGAUCAUCACUGCCCACCAGAUAUAAGGGAUGUAAAUAUAUUUGUUAAAAUAAUAAAGAAGUCAAAACCA